AUGUCAAACAUUGCUUCGAAUCUUAUGUCCGGCUCUAAAAACGACAGAGGGACUAAAUCCUCUGGCGAACAAGGCGACUCUGGCGUUACCGAUAAACUCAAGAACCUGGCAGCACCUGAGAGCCAUGCUGCUGGCAUGAUGGGCAUGGGCGGUAUGGGCGGUCCAGGAGGAGCAGCAGCAUCCUCGGCUCUGGGAUCGAACGUACCUUCAAUGCCUUCUCGAUCUGGUGGUAUGAGCAACAUGGAAUCCCCCAAUGCUUAUGCUUUCAAUCGAGACAGCUCUCACAGCGGUUUUGGUGGCCACAACCCCGCCAGUGAUAACUAUGGCCGUGAUACCACUAACAGUGAGACAUAUGGUAAAAGCAGUGCAAAUAUGGGAGGAACUCAUGAUUACUCCAUGAGUAAUGAUCGUGACCAAGUUCGCCGUAAUCUGAACCAAGGUUCAGGCAUGAAUGCAUCUGCUGGGAUGGAUUUCUCGGAUCUUGGAAGAGCUGGUGGAACUCUCACAGGGAGCGACUCUCUUCAUCAAAUCGUUGAUGCCGAUAGUCGCCUCAGGACCGACUCCACUCGCACUGGCCUAAAUUCUGGCGCAGGAAUUCACGCACAUCAAUAUAACGAGUCUUUGAGUGGUAUUCCUGCCAUGGCCGGAGCUAGUCUUGCCACGGGGCACAUGAAAGACCUUAAAGAUGAGCAUCACCUUCACGGACAGAGCGGAACCGGCAACAUGGAAGCGCACUGUAGCAAAUGCCAUCCUGGUCAUUACUAUGUCCAGGAUUCGAGCUCGAACACGGCUUCGAUGCCGUCGUUGAAAGGUCACGAAAGGACGGAAAUGAGUGGUGGAUCAAUGGGCAAGUACGAAACUUCAUCCUAUACUGGUAUGGGUGGUUCAACUGGCCAAGAGAGAAUGAACAUGGGUGACUCCAUGGGCAAAUUCGGUCCAUCCACUACUAGUUCUGGUAUUGGUGGGUCACGUACUCAGGGGGAAGGAUUAUCGUCUAGCUAUGGCACCUCUGGAAACAGUCUUGAUAAUAGGUAUCAGAGUGCUGAAGGGAUGAAAUAUCAACACCCUUCCAAAGGGCCAGUCGGCUCUGACAUCAGCGCGCAGCAAAUGCAAGGUGGACGUCCGUCAAUGACUGAUAAGAUUCUAGGUGGCGCCGAAAAGAUCACUGGGAAGAUGACUGGGAACACAGAUAUGGCAAAUGAGGGUGAAAUGAGGGCGGCUGGCAACUUGUCUGGGGUAUCCAGGAAUUAG